UUUUUUGCAAUUAUCUGCUCAUCGGAGACAAUACACUACUGUUUUCUGAUGGCAGCUAUUCCACCUUGGAUGAUCAUAAUCCAGUCCAGCACUGUUGCCAGCCGUAAAACGCCAGUCAUGAGAACUUCAUCGUCUGUGACCCGUCAGGCUACGACGGGUUUGGUAGAAUGCAACCAAUAA